UACCCUAUAGGAUCAGCUAUUCGCUAUCGUAGAUUAGCACUGGAGAGAGCCACAAGCUGUUGGACAUGUCAACGGCGUUCAGAGUGGAGCGCCUGUUGGCGUCAGAGUUCAGAAACCAGGAAUCCAUCCCUCCAGUUUCACAGCGGUCGGAGCACCUCGUAUUGAGAAGCUGAACGCCCAGCCACGCGCGUCGCAAGCCCCUCUGCGAAAUCAACUGCCCCAGCACCUCCUUCUUCUUCUAUAACCAUAGUAGUCAUGUUAUCGCAACGAGGCAUCGCAGUGCGCCCCGGUGCAAUCGACUUCUCCGCGCUCACUGGUCUUGCGCCCUCAUCCCUCGUAGCGCGCGCCUCUGCAGCCGACACAACUCGAAGAAUCUGGAUAAUCACAGGCGUCGUUAUGCUCGUCAGUCUCAUCAUCAUCGGCAUCUUCUGCGCCGUUGUGCUGUGCCUCAUGCACAAGAAGAAGAGGCAGCGGCAGAAACAGCGCAUUGAUCUGGGCGCGUCGAACGCGAACCAUAGGUACCGUCCUGUGGAUAACAUGGAGCUGGAAUAUGGAGGCGUGCAGGAGUUGCCGGCAGAAAACAGCUUUGGUGGCGGUGGGGCAAAGUCAGAGUUGAGGAGUGACUUCAACGAGGUCCCGAGAGUACAGCAGUUGGAUGGGUUUGUGGCGGCGCCGAAACCGAGUGCGCUGCCAGCGGAGUUGCCCUCGGCUACUUCAUACAAGAACGACUACCACAGAUGAGGCUCGGGGUUCGUAUGUGAAAUUCAUCGCAUGCGUUGCACAACAGGAAUCCAUCUCGGCCAGCCCAAGUCGUGUCGGGUUUGCAGGGCGGCAAGCUUGACAGUGCCCCCGCGUUGCAUCGCCAGCCGUGGGAAGAGGCUCAACUCGUGGACUACACGAGUCUUCGAUUCCGACGAUAGCCAACGGCGUUGGUGGUCAGGUAGGCUGCGCCAAUGGUUCUAGGUAUUCUUCAUAGGAGGCUGCAGCGAUUCGUCGAACCGUUUGCACUUGCGGCAGAUCCAAUCAAGGACGUGGUGUACCAAUGCGAGGCUAUGACCAAUACAACACCUUCCAUGCU